UAUAUAUAUGGUCAUAAACACUUACCUCGUUGAAUAUCGAUGGCGAAGAGUGAGUUAAAGGUGAUUGGAAAAUGGUCAAGUCCUUAUGCGAUGCGAGUGAAGAUUGCGCUGAACAUCAAAGCCCUUGAACAUGAGCACUUUGAAGAAACGUUGAACCCCAAAAGCGACCUUCUUCUUCAGUCCAACCCUGUGUAUGGCAAAGUCCCAGUUCUCUUCCACCAUGGCAGACCCAUCUGUGAAUCUUUGAUUAUAGUUCAAUACAUAGAUGAAACAUGGACCACUGAUCCUCCUAUCCUCUCCUCCCAUCCUCACGAUAGAGCUCUUGCUCGCUUCUGGGCUGCUUACAUAGAUGAUAAAUGGUUUCCUUCCAUGAAAAGCAUUAUGACUGUUGAAGGAGAGGAGGAAAGGAAGCCAUACUUUGAGGUGUUGGAAGAAGUACUUGAAAGGGUGGAGGGUGCUUUCUCGGAAUGCAGCAAAGGAAAGCCGUUUUUUGCAGGAGACAGGAUUGGAUUCCUUGACAUUGCUUUUGGGUGCUUCCUGGGAUGGCUCAGUGUGAUAGAACACAGGUAUGAAAGGAAACUGCUUGUUGAAGCAAAGGCUCCUGGUUUGGUGAAAUGGGCUGAGAAAUUUGCUGCUGACCCUGCUGUGAAGGGGCUUAUACCUGAGACUGAUAAGCUUGUUGAGAUUUCCAAGUCUCUUCAGAUCAAAUGGAGAGCUGCAAUUCGCAAGAACUAGAAUUGGGUACUGGGAGUUGUUUGUGCUAAUGAUGCAUUUCACCUGUAUGAUGAAUUGUGUGAAAAAAUAAAACUCAUUUACUUUAAGGUUCUGUUGCAGUUAAAUGUGUCUUUGUGCUCUCUUCACUUCA